ACCGCACUCACAGCAAAUCCACCAACUCUCUCCCUUUAAAAAUCCGCUUCCAUUUUUCCUCCGCAUCCAAAUCCAACCCCGCUCUUCGCGACUAGGCUAACGACGGGAAUUCCCUUUCUCUCCCUUUUUGUUUGGAAGAAAAAAUUCCCCCUCUCUCUUGCGCAGCAGCAAACCAUCAUUUCCAACCCAUGCUUGCUGCCUAUCUUAAUUGAAGCAAAUUAAGGUCUGUCCGAUAAGAUAAAUUUAGACCCACCAUAUUGAAAUUCCGGCUCCAUCCCUGAUGGCGACCGAAACGCCUCCUAAUUUCUGGGGCGACAUGCUAGAGGAGGACUACUACACCUCCCAAGGCGUGCGCAACGCCAAAUCAUUCUUCCAGACCCCUAACGGCCAGAUCUUCACUCAGAGCUUCUUGCCGUUGGAUCAAACAGUCAAAGGCACUGUCUUCAUGACCCACGGCUACGGAUCCGACACCGGCUGGCUCUUCCAGAAAAUAUGCAUCCACUACGCCACUUGGGGCUACGCCGUCUUCGCCGCCGAUCUCCUUGGCCACGGGCGAUCCGACGGCCUCCGCUGCUACCUUGGCGACAUGGAGAAAGUUGCCGCCACGUCACUCUCCUUCUUCCUCCACGUGCGCCGCAACGAAUUAUACCUCCACCUCCCUGCCUUCCUCUUCGGCGAGUCCAUGGGCGGCGCUGCCACCAUGCUCAUGUACUUCCAGUCCCCGCCCGACACGUGGACGGGCCUGAUCUUCUCCGCGCCGCUCUUCGUCAUCCCAGAGAACAUGAAGCCCAGCAAGGUCCACCUGUUCCUGUACGGCCUCCUAUUCGGGAUCGCCGACACGUGGGCGGCUAUGCCGGACAACAAGAUGGUCGGAAAAGCGAUCAAGGACCCCGCGAAGCUGAGGAUCAUAGCCUCGAAUCCGAGGAGAUACACGGGCCCACCUAGGGUGGGGACCAUGAGGGAGAUCGCGAGGGUGUGCCAGUACAUACAGGACAACUUCUCGCGCGUCACGACUCCGUUUUUGACAGUGCACGGGACGGCGGACGGGGUGACGUGUCCGUCGUCGUCCAAGCUGUUGUACGAAAAGGCAUCGAGUGUUGACAAGACCUUGAAGAUUUACGAUGGGAUGUACCAUUCCUUGAUACAAGGGGAGCCCGAUGAGAAUGCGGACAUUGUGUUGAGGGAUAUGAGGGAGUGGAUUGAUGAGAGGGUUGAGAGGUAUGGGCCCAAGUAAAGGUCCAAUAAACAAUGAAAAAGUUUCAAUGUCCAUUACACGACAUGCCCUCCACGAAUUAAUGAUUAAAGCACUAUGUUUCAAUUAUACUCAACAUACAAAAUGUGCUAAUUCGUUUGUCAUCUUUUAAUUAUUAGGUCACAUGUAAUGUAAAUAAGCAUCUAGAGUCAGCUCACAUAUUUUAUCACGUAGCGUGACAAUUGAUUGGCUAUAUCUUAGCCUAAAACAUGUAAUUUUGUAAUCCACAAAGAAGAUAUGAGGAAAUUUCAAGAUUUAUUGAUAAAAUUGGAAUAACAAAACA